AUGCACGUCUCAUGGUGGAUCCUGGUGCCACUCUCCUUUGUGUUGGCUGAUUUUCCAGUAUCACUCGGAAGUGUGCCUGCUGUUCUUUAUAGCCACAAGUUAUGUCCCGGCCUUCUCGACUACCAAUCGAACUAUGAUGAAUCAACAACACUGCCACUGUCAUCUUUCGUGGAAGUAGCCGAAAAACUAAUCUCGAAUCGUCGUUCAGAUGCAUUCGUGUUUGUUAACAUUCCCGGUUUAACAGUCACAGACUUUACAAUAUAUCGCAACAUCUUAGGCUCUCUUGAAUACUACGUCAGUAAGAGCUCUACUGCAUUAAGGUUUGAAAGGGUAGAACCUAGUUCUCAAAAGAAUGAUCUCUUCGACGAACUGAUUUUCCAUGCCACUGAGGAAUGGGAGAUUGAAGACCACAUUGUCGUCAAUGGAAACCACACAGAAACAUUUGAACGCUACAUUGACUGGAGACCCCGGACUAUACGCAUCGAUUUCGAUACGGUGCCGCUUGUUAAUCGAAGGGAGUACUUUGUUUAUUGCGAUAAAAUCAUCAAGCAUGUACUGGGACAACUUCCGUCCGCAGAACAUACCAUGAUCUUGACCUCGCUUUCGUUGCCACCUACACAAGUUGAGAGCGAAGCGGGUUUAGGAACUUUACGCAUCUUUCCGGACGUUUUCGAAGACCCUGAAAGGUCAUCCGAUAAUGAAAAGAAUCAUCAAAAUGUACUCAAUAAUCUCGGUUUCAAUGAAUUUAGACCGAAAUUUAGCGGAAUCGCAGAUGAACAUUUGAGCGUUUUUGAUCCAGAAUUUUUGAGUCGCCACUACCACAUACUUGAACUUGUUAUGGUCACAACCAUUGGCUAUAUAGGACUACAACUCUUUCUCCUUCUAAGAGCCCGAAAUACUCGAACUGCCAAGGAAAAGAUAUCUGCUAAGAAAAAGCAGCAGUAA